AUGAAACAUCAGGUACUAUCCAUCGAUGCACUUUCUGCUUGGAGAAGGCUGAAUGGCGUAUCGUUUGACGGCGUCGAAGUUCGUCGUCUCCACGCCGAGGAUGCGGUUGACAAAGGGCUGGCGGUCGUCGCUACGCACAACCGAGUAGCCAAGGAGUUCAUCCCGGGAGGAAACGCAGGAGCUGCAGAGCCGGAGAUCUUGAUGCGUAUUCCGGGGGACUUAGUGCUCUCUUUGGACCUGAUUGACACCUACGCGAAAUCAGAUCGGUACCUGAGAGAGGUUCUGGACGCUGUGGGGGAGUUCGGGAAGUCAGCUCGAGGCGCUAUUCUAGUCUACCUGCUGCUUCUUCUCACGCAUUUGCAUAACAAUUCCUCAAAUGAGAGGAAGAGUCAUGUUGGCGUAUCCAGUGCCUGGACAGGUUAUAUUCAAUUCCUACCCAAAUCGUAUCCGCUUCCGACGUUUUAUACAGAUGGCGAGUUGGAAAUACUUCAGGGGACCUCGCUAAAACCAGCGUUGGAAUCUAAACUGGAUAGUCUCGAGCGUGAAUUCGAGCAACUACGUCAAUUCACUGCCGAUAUCCCCUGGUGUAAAGAAAAUUGGUGGGAUGGAGAAACAGGCCAGCUCACUUUCCACGACUGGAAGACCGUUGAUGCCAUGUAUCGGUCCCGCGCACUGGAUAUUCCAGAAAUAGGACAUGCGAUGGUGCCUUGUGUGGAUAUGGCGAACCAUGCGUCCGGGGAUGAAACCAACGCAAUAUAUGAAGUUGAUGGAAACGGCAACGUUGUGCUUCAGUUACGCUAUGGGCGGAGUCUCGGGGAAGGUGACGAGGUCACCAUUACGUCGGUCAUUUGUCCUGCAAUUUCCCAAGCCCCGUCUGACUUGACAUGGUGCAGGUACGGAGAUGAAAAGGGAGCGGCUGAAAUGAUCUUCUCUUAUGGGUUCAUCGAAGGGGCGAUUACAGACGCUCGUCAGAUGUUCCUUGAGCUAGAAAUUCCUGAUGACGAUCCACUAAAACCUGCAAAAAUGGUUGUGUGUGACGAGGCCCCGGGCGUUCGGCUUUUUGCAACUAUCGACCCUGAACAGCGGACCGAAAUUAGCUGGGAAAGCCCUUUCGUCUGGUGGGCAUGUGUCAACGAGGAAGACGGUCUUGGAUUUGAAAUUGUACAGUCCAAUAACGGCGAAGGAGAAAUAAAGGCUGCAUGGAAAGGGCGGGAAAUCCAAACAUCCGAGAAGUUGCGUGAUAUCCUGCAAGACGAGCCGCUCUGGGAUGUAUAUCGACUCCGUGCCACGGUAAUAGUCCAAGACCGGGUUGCCACCCAGCUUGCAUCGCUCCGCGAAAGCAACGAAUCUAUCCUUGACUGGCGUGACAAGGUGAAUGGGACUACGAUCCGCCCACUAGUUUGGAAUACCAUCACGAACCUUCGCGAGCUUGAAGGGGAAUUUCUCACCCGAGCCAGCGAUAUUUUGGAGGAUAAGAAAAUCGCGCUCGCAAACUCCUCUGUAGUCCAGCAUUACCUUCAAGGUGGCCCUGGAGGCGAUAUAACAGAGGACUUUUCUUAA